AUGGCUUGUGUUUGUGAUUUGACAGUCAUUGCUCAGAUCAUCGCUAUAGUUGGUGGUAUAUUUGCCAUCAUUGUAGGAUGCUUCUGGUUUAAGGAUGCUCACGGUAACUUUUUCAUGGGUGUCAAUGGCUUUUUCGAUAUUGUUUUUGGAAUUCUUGUUAUUCUUACAGAAGUUUUCCGUCCAGCUUUCUUCAAGUAUUUCGGUUUUAUGGUUUUAUUCUGGGGCAAAAUCAUCAUGUUCUUCAUAUUAUUCCUUAGAUGCUUCACAACAGAUUUCAAGCAAUAUACAAUCCAAGGCAUUGGCUGGAUUAUCGAUGUUAUCUGCAUGAUUAUCUUCGCAGUCUUCGCCGUUUGGUUAGGCGGUGGCACAAAAUCAUUGUUACAGAAGGAUGGUGUUGAAAUGGGCACUUCAUCCAGCGACCUCUUUAAGUCUACUACUGAUUAA